CUACCAUCAACCCGUAUGAAAACUGCACAGUGCCCUUAGGCAAUGAAAUGGAGGCAUCACUGCAAAGCUCUGAAUCUCUGGACCGAGCUUCCCCUGAGCUGUGGCCUGAAAGACGGGACUACGCCGCCUGCGCCGAGCUGCUGUCGCAGGGCGGCACCACCGGAGUCUCGACCGUCACCUCUCCCGAGACCGUCACCGAUCAGGACUUCACCCCGCAGGACAUGAAGCUCUUCCACGAAUACGCCGGCCUGAGCCCGACGCAGAUGAUCGAGGUCGUCAAGCAGCUGCAGAACGUCGCCUACCUGCUCGGCCUAGAGGAGGCCAAGGAGAUGCGGCGCGGCAAGUACCUAAACAUCCUCUACCGGCGACGGCCACAAUGACACCAGCGCCAUCUGACGGCCUGCCCGUGGCGCCACCUGGACAACAGUCGACUGCGACCCCGGGGCGGCCGGCGCUGCCGUGUCGUGUCGUACUGGUGUGUCACGUGCGUCUCGCUGAUCUCGACGGCGGUGGACCUCCAAGUGCAGUUAGUGACUGGUACCGGCUGCUGCGCAGCGAUCGCCGGUCUUCUCGAUGGCAUGCUCUGUGGAGCACGCGCUGCGGCAUGAAAGUGUAACGAUCUGCGCCAUGCCGGGCGCUGUGGACUGUCGGUUUGGGGAUGCUCCGACUGCGGAUGUUUUGAUAACAUUACGGCUGGCGAGUUGCACGGACGAGAGAGUGGGAGAGCGAUAUGUUCGUGUUUUUGGAGUGUGUUAGAAUGAACAGGGCGUGCUGUUAGUUGAAUGUGUGACCACGUCUGAUAAACAUGGAAAAUGGUC